AUGUUUAUUUUCUUUUGCUUGUUUUUUACGAACAUUUUUGUUUCAGAGUCAUUAAAUGUAGCGACAAAAAUACCGGAACAUGUAGAAAAUAUAUUGAAAUCGAACAUCACUGAUUUGCGGCGGCUUAUAAACGGAACUAGGAGGAUUAUCAAUGGGGACGAUGUCCGGAACAAUAGGCCAUACAUGGUAUACCUAAGACUUCCACAAACUAAUCCAAGAUAUAAGGACUACAGGCGAUGGUUAUGUGGUGGCGUUAUUAUCCAUGAAGAGUAUAUUUUGACUUCCGCUGCUUGUAUAGAAGAUGCUAAACAUUUCUAUAUUGUCUCUGGGACUUAUAGGUACAGUGAAGAAGACGAUCGUCAAAGUAACCCGUGUAUAAAGAAUGGCGCUAAAAAAGCCAUCUGGAAGUGUGUACCGCGAAAUUACGUAUUCGACGGCCACGAAAACGAUAAUAUCCGAUGGAUGAAUAACGACAUCGCGAUCGUCAAAGUGGAGGACGAUUUUGACUUUGAUCGCCGGAUACGAGGUUGCGAUUUUGUGCCAAAACCGAUUUGCUAUAAUAACAUUACCAGUAGAUUAGAAGAACCUGGAACUAUUGCUUCUAUUGCUGGCUGGGGCAGUACUGCUAAGUAUAAUGAUUGGGUGAAUAAGAGGAGUGGAUUCACACAAGAUUUAUUAGAAACCAACGUAAUAAUAAUACCUAAAUCGAGAUGCAAGCAUCGCUGGGGGGCGCGCUAUCACAAUAUCAUAGACAAUUACAUGAUAUGUACUAAGGAUACGAUACCGGAGCUCAGCGAGGCCUGUCAGGAGAAAUACACAGAGUGCACUGAUAUAAUGUAUUCAGGGGAAUUCGAUUCGGGAGACGCAAGACGAGCGAACGCAAACGAAACAAUUGUUCAUAACGCUAUACACGAGUCUGGGAGGCGACAGAAGGCAGGCAGUGGAGGUUUCUGUGAAAAUGAUCACGGCGGACCCUUGGUCCAUGGUACAGGGCCCAAUGCUGUGGUAAUAGGCGUGAUCUCAGCGUGUCUUGUUAAAGAGAGGACAAACAGAUGUCACGGACCAUUCCUAUACACCAGUGUCUUUAAGAACCGGAUUCUUAUCAACUGUGCUAUUUAUAAGGAUGUCAAAGGAGACUGUUCUAAGCUCUUCCGGGCCAGUGAGACUCAUAUUGAAGAAGAUAUCAGUUGGGUUGAUCAUCCAGAUGGGCCUGCCAAGAAUGAAAUUUCAAAAAUGAGACGCAACAAAGAUCAAGUUAACGGCACAGAAAAAUCCAUACCGACGCCGUUUGAUAAAAUUAUUCAACAUGGCGGUGUUAUUCUAAGAACUUCGGAUAGCAAAGAGAAUUUAAAGAAUGUUACAAUAUAA